AGCUUUGAAAAGUCAUACUACUCGCUCUGCGUGGGCUCGAUUGUUUGUAGGAAUGAAAGGUAUAAAGUCCGUCAAGGGAUCUACAAUCAGUUUCUCAACAUAUACUGCCCCUAAAAUACACACACAUGGCCCAGCUAAACAUAAGAUAAAAGAAGGCCAGUUACACCAUUUGA